AUGGCUUCCGUGUCGGACCUCAAUCUUCUCGCGGAACAACUCUACACGAGUCCAGACCCGGGGCUGCGUCAGAGUGCCUAUGAGCAGCUGAACUCGUUUACCCUCGAAGGCAGCGAACCGGGAGCGUUUUACACCAUUCUUCAUCAAUCCAAUAGCCAAUAUAGCCUACUUUUUGCUGCCCAGGGUCUUGUGACGUGGUUUAAACAUAAUUUAAAAUACAUCUCGUCCGAGGUUCGUCGGAGACUGCUUCGGGGGGAGGUCGGGGAAUGUUUACUUCGCCUGGCCGAAGGGGGUGCCCCGCAGCACGUCCUGACGAGUAUGUUAGUGACCUACGCUAAACUCACCAAACUGGCCUUUUUAAAAGAGCCCUACCUCCUCGAGGCUGUGGAAUUUCCCAUCGAGAUGCUUCAAGCUUCGAACGGUUUGAGAGAAAACGUGCCCGGAAAUAAUGAAGAUGCCGAUCAUAAACCUCGGGUGCUCGGGCUGAUGUUGUUGGAUGCGCUGGUCGUUGAAUUUUCCAAUUUUGACUCCGCCAAGUCGAAGACUUUCAUGAACUUUUCCGAACACAGACGAUGUAGUAAUAACUUUCGCGAUGAGUGUCUUCGCACGCUUUUUGAGGCCGCACUUCGCGAUCUGGAGAAGAUCGACGCGAGUUUUCUCCACGAGGUUGAGUGCAGUAACGGUAAAUCCAGCACGCUCUUUCUCGCCGAAAAUACGGUGGCGCUAGUAAAGAAUUGCAUGUGUUUUGACUUUAUGGCGAUUAUCAUCGACGAAACCGAGGAAGUUCUCUCCGCCCAGGUCCCCUCAUCAUGGCGGGACCUUGUCCUCGCGGAGUCUACGCAGGAAUUGUUGUGGAGGCAGCAUGCCGCACUGCCCUAUCCCCUUUGCGCGACCCUUUUUAACGGACUUUCGGCGCUUUGCGGGAUUCGACGAACAUUCUUCGACGAAACGCCGCAGCGCGUGCGGUUUCUCGAUCUCGUUUUAGAACAAAUGGCUGCGAUCGGCCAACUGCCGGAUGGAAGGCUGCGGAUUCCCCACUUUGCGAAUCUUUACGGCGAGGCGUGUUUGCGCCUUAUUAUGCCCUUUGGCUAUCGCGAUCUGCACAGCAGCGCGUGGUUUUCGCAAUGGUUGGAGGUCGUUCGGCAGGUUUCUGUCGAUGUUUUCCGCGUUCCUUUCGGCGCAGAGGGUUCGUUUACGACGGCCUCGACGUUUUUGAGUUUUUGGGCCCGUCUGACGACCUCUCAGCGGAUGUAUUUGUCUGUCGAGGAGGAGACCACGCGAAAGGAGGUCGAGCCCAUCGCACCGGCCUUGGCGUUGACCUUUUUUCAAACCCACGUUCACGCCCUCGGAGAAGGGGAGGGGGAUUGUAGUGGAGAGCCCGCAUUGGAUUCCACGGUGGAUCCAGAUGACGAGCUCGAAACGGUGUUAAAUCAGGCGGAAUCUUUCGCGACUUUCGCCCUUUUUGAAAUCACAGAAACAAUGGAGCGGUUGGUGGAAUAUACCACGCAGCACCUCGGCCCGCGCGUGCUCGAGAGCCCCGUGGCGAUGGGAUGGCUUUUUUUCCUCGCUGGGUGCCUCGCUCGGCAGGUUUUGGCGAAUUUAGACGGCUCCACCGCAAUCCCGGCGUGCAUGCGGUUCUUUAUGUAUUGCGUGGACUGCGUGAAUUAUCGCCCUUCGAUCGCCUCCGAGGCUCGUGGGGAGAACUCGCCGGCGUGUCUUUUUGAGAACUUUGUUGAACGUGGUAUGCUCCAUUUUAUCACCAGCUUUAGUGCUGUUUUUUCCAGCCAACACGUACACUAUGAGUUAAGAUCUGUCAUCGAGGGCGUUUUUCAGUCUCGAGAACGCUUUGUCCAAUUUAUUUUGAAUAAUAGUGGUUGUAACAUUUUACGGGAUGGAUCAAGCGACGAGGGAACGGUUGAUAUCAUGCGGAAGUCGAUUGAUCUCAUCGGCGAAGUCAUCCGAGACCUCCCCAGGUCGAUGUUAGAUACAAUUUCGUUAGAUUUACCCCCUGUUGUGGACUUACCUUUAGCGCAGUCGAUGCAAACGUACAAACUGCGUACGAACCUCUACGCGGUGCUCUGCCAGCUGACGCUCAAAAAGUCCUCCGAGCAUGAGAAUUUCCAAGUAUUUUUCAGCUCCAUUACAGAUUGCAUCCAGAACACCCUGAGCGGGAGUCCAGUCGGAAUGGAUCCAUUGUUUAUUGCAGGCUGGAUGCGAAAUUUGCGUGGAGUUGUGUUCGCGUUAGGCUCUGGCGCUGAAUCCGAAGUCAUUGUCGACUUUGCACAGUGGUUUUGUGAGGAGGCGGGAUCCUUUGGGGAGAUUCUCACCGGCCCUUCCGGUGAGUCCUCGAUCGUUGUGAAGUCUUUUCUGCGGCUGAUGAUUGAGGUUGUGAGUAAUCGCGGGAUCCUCAGCGCCCUCCCCCGCGGCUGCGCCCACAGCGCCCUUGGGCUCUGCCUGUUCAAGCAUCUUUGUCAGUUUAUCCAAAUCAUCGUGGAGCGCGCCAUUACGGAUGAGCGUGUCCAGGCCGUGACCUCUUCCCACACUGUCUACCCUUCCGAUAAGACCUACGACCUCAUGCUGAAGCCCCUCGCCUUGUCGAUGCUCUGUCUUCGCCGUUGUCUGGGUGGGGGCUUUGUCCCCCUGGGGGCGAUGUGGUAUUACCAGGACGACACCUAUGACACGACCCUUCUUGGGCUCCUUCGCAUGUUGAUCGUCUUUCCCCCAUGUCUCUUCAAGGACUACGCGAAGGCCGCGCAUGCCGUGGUGGAGCUGCUCGGGGCCUUAACGGAAGGGGAGGGCUAUGCCCCGCUGGGACGGCUCGCCACGGAGGAGCUCCACGCCAUCUUCGACCUUACCCUUAGCCUCUGUGAGGAGGUCCACACCCCGACGGGGACGUUGCUCCACGGGAUCGGCUUCCUGGGGUUUAUGUCGGGGUUCGUGCGGGAGGUCAAGGCCCUGUCACAGCCCCUCGGGCCUGCCGAAGGAGGAGGAGGAGGGGGGACCUCUGGUUACAACAGCCACUCCAACACCCCCCCCCCGACGCCAAUACCGCCCCCUGUGUAUUACGGAGGGGGGCCGCAAGGUCAGGGGGGGCAGAACACCCUAAGCAUUCUACGAACCGCGCGGGCCGCCCGAGAGGCGAUGGCGCGUUUGAUUGCGCCGAUGGGAGAUAUUUGGCAGCGACUUUUGGCCGCCGCGAUGGGGAUUAUCGUCUGCCAGGAUCGUGCGUUGAGCGGGUGCUGCUCGGUGAUUUACCCGAUUCUCGAAACUCACCCACCUUUUUGGUAUGAGUUCGUCGAGAACUUCGUGGAGGGGUACCCAACGCAUAAACAUCAGGCGAUCCGAGAGGCGGUAUCUCUUCUCACCAACGCCUCAGAGUCGUAUGUGAAAUUUUUUUCCGAAGUUGUCACCUUUCGCCAAAGGAUGCGGGCUCUCUAA